GUAAUUAUACAGAUUAUCCGGCGGUGUCCUGUGUACGAGGCACGUAAAAUCAUAGGGGACAACCUCCCGCGUCAUUUAUUCGAAGGCGUCGCUCCCGCACUGGCAAUCGGACCAUAGGUGUGGAGCAAUAACAUCAGGAUCAUCUCAGCACCGAAUCGAUCAGCCAUUGCUAUUUCUUUGCCGAGUUAAAGCUAGGUUGCUAUGAGGCAGGAAGAGUGGAAUAAAAUUAAGGCAUGCUGGGAGAGGCUCGUUGUAGAGCUUGAUCUUGAUAAUGGAAUUGUUGACCGACUGUACAGCAAGGGUGUCCUCACAGAUCUCGACAAGAACCGGAUUUCAGUGGAAAAAAUUAAUCAAGAGAAAAACAAAAUUUUUCUGGAUAUACUUCAAACAAAAGAUGACGAAGCGUACGCUCAUUUUAAGGAUGCACUGAACUCGUUUCAGCCUGCGCUUGCAGAGUUGCUACAAUCACCAGAACGACUUCAUAAAAAAGGACAAAGGAAAGGACAAGGACAAACACAGCAGCAGACAACAGCAAAAUGUUUGGGCAAAUUUUCUGUUGAAGAACUAGAAGAAUGGCUAAAGCCUAUUUUAAAGGAAAGAAACAUUUCCUCCUCAGUUCUAGACAUCUUUAGAGAUCAAGAAGUAGAUGGAGAAGUGUUUGAAAACCUCACCGAUUCUGAGCUUGAAAAACUUUGCCCUGAUCUUAAGUUUGGCCCCAGGAAAAAGAUUCUACAUGCAAGAGAUCAGUGCCUACACGGAGAAUGCCAUGAUACGUUUCAGGAGUCCCCUGCUUCUGAAUGGCAAGCUCGCCAAAGAACCGAGUAUGCAAGAGGAUUUGGAUGUGUUCCAGACAUUUCUGAAUUUUACCACGUGGGGAGAAUUUUGAACAAGCAUGAAGAGCGUGCUGGCAACUUAAUACAUCCAGUCCGUAAGUUUCUCCCAUGUACAUACGACAGUCUUGCCUAUGAACACAUUGCUGAUGAAGUCACUAUAUUUGGGUCGGCAUGUUUGAAUGAUAGAACAAAUGGCAUCAUCUACUUUGGAAUAGGAGACGUAGCUUGCGAGAGCUACGCGUAUGGAGAGGUUCUGGGGGUUGUUCUAGACAAAAAGGAAUGCGAGGAUGCCGUGAGGCUCUCAAUAAUGAGACGAUUUUCUGAAGAAAUGAUUGAAAUUGUUCAAAAAUGCAUCAAGCCACCAGUGUUCGUUCCUGUUGUAGGCGUUGAUGACGAAGAUCGUUUUGUGUGUGAAGUAGACAUUGAGCCAAGAAGUGACUGGAUUAAGCAAGAUCAUGCUUUCUUCGUGAAGUCAAAACUGGAUGCGAGCAGUUCAGAACUUAUUUUGUAUCGACUAAGCGGAGGAGUUCCAAAAUCGCAAGAUGUUAGACAGGUUGAGAAAUUCUCUACUGAGAAAGUACAGCUUUCAAAAGACAGACAACAGCAAGAAAAACAAUCAGAACGCAGAGAGCUGCCCAGCUUAGUUGCAAAACUAGGACAAUACAUGUUUGGAGGGGAAAACAUGCUGGACGGUAACUUUUACCGAAUACUUGCCACAACAAAGAUAAAUAUUGAGGACCCAGAGUUUUCUCAAUCUUUCCAGUUCUUGUUCAAAUUAGAAUUCAGGUGUGUCCUCGAUUUUGAUCCCAGCAGUGACAAAAAAGGUCUGUACUACUAUGCAGAACACAAGGAAGAGAAAGUCUAUCUCUUGAAGACAACAGACGAUUUUCUUAAUGACUCUUUGUCUGGGGAGCAGCCAAACCAAAGAAGUCCACAAGAAACGUUUGACAAAAUGAUGGAGUCUAGACACAAUUCUUGGAUAUUUUGCAAUGGACUUGAAGCAGAAAAUGACCGGGGUUUUGAUGUCCUUCAGUGGAAAGAAGAAAAGAGCGGAGGCUACAAAGAAACUGUCAGAUUUUUACAACAGAGCAUUCCAGAGGAUCGGGCUGUUGUCCUUAUCCUAGUGACCUCAGAUGAUGACGUUUUCAUUGAUGCAUCUGAAGAACUUCUUUUGCGUUUCAAAAACCAGUGGGUUAUGAUCUCUCAGUCCAAAAAGCUUGCAUAUGCUUGGAUUAAAGGCGUGCAGGGGAGAAAUGUGCGAGUUGAUAAAAACAGAUGCAUUUGUGAUUUUUUGUUUACCGAUGUAAACAAGGCCAUCGCUCAACUUCUCAGGUCGGAAAAUUUGAAAGAAGAUAUAUGUUUAGUAAAUACUUCAACCGGUGUACACGAAGAAGUAUCUAAAAAACUACAGCAGCAGCUCUGUGACCUGGACAUUGUCAGUGCAAAACAAUGCAGUCAUUUAGAAGCUGCUGAAAUUGAUUUAAGCCGACUGAGUAAGGAAGCUGAAGAACAGUUUUUCAAAGGAAAUUCAGCAUCUUGGUUGAAUUUUUAUUUUAAAACACAUGUCUGUCCUAGAAAUGUAUACAACUUUCUUCUAAAAAAUGUUAGAGAAAUGCUGAAAGGUGAAGAUGCCCCAGACAAUGCAAACGUUGGACGUGUUGCUGUCUAUCACCAAGCUGGUGCUGGAGGCACAACAGUUGCAAUGAACGUAUUGUGGGAUUUAAAGGCCGAAUACAAAUGCUGCAGGAUUAAACAAAUCGCAAGAGAAACUGCAAGGCAAAUCCUCAAACUGUAUGAACACGGAGAAAAUCCGGACCACCACAUAAAACCAGUUCUUGUGAUGUUGGAUAAUGAGGAUGACGAGAAUGUCAACAGUCUUCAAAGAGAUCUGGAGGAGGAAUGCGACGCAAGGUCAAUACAAAACAUUGUCUGCGUCUUUCUUGUUUGCACACAACGCAUGAUGCUACCAUCCGAACCUGAGGUGAGAAAUAUUUUUCUGAACCAAAAACUGAGUUUUUCAGAACGGCAGUUCUUUCUGGACAAAUACGCUGAACUUCAGGAACAAUACAAAAAUAACAAAGAUAGAGUAAAUCCAGACAGCUUGCUUGGACUUAACAUCAUGAAGGAGGAUUUCAACGAAGAUUACAUUAGAAGGACAGUGAAGACGAUCCUGGAGGCAACGAACGAUGAAAAAGUGAGAGUCGCCGUGAAAUAUACCGCACUUUUAAAUAUGUAUGAUGUUUCCUUUCGGGGAAUUCCAGUGCCCUGCUUUGAUAAACUAAUGCACCGUCGAAACUGGGAAAAUGACUUGAAAAGUUCGCCUCUCCUUACCUACACGUCCGUCACAGAUAACAAAGGCCAGUACAAAAGACUCAGAAUCAGUUGUAAGUUGCUAUGCAAGUACAUCUUGGAUAUAGGUGCAAAUGAAAGAUAUUGUCAUGGUGAGCUCAUGGAAGAAUUCAUAAACAGCACCGUCUUUCGGAGAGCAAUUGACUUUGCACAGAAAAAGCUGCUAGAAAUCCUGAAUGAAAUCAUGAAGAAAAGAGAAUGGACAGACAGCAGGGUUCGGUCCAAGUUCUCACCGUUUAUACAGAUGCUGUUUGACGCCAAGAGGUUCACACAGGCUACCCAGUGUAUGAUCAUGGUUUAUGAACACUCUGAGGACCCCAUUCUUGCUCAACAACUUGCUCGGUUUUACAUCUCCUGUAAGAACUGGGACGAAGCUGAAAAAUGGGCGGAAACAGCAGUUAAGCAAAGGUGGCUAAAUUCCUUCUUAUGGGAUACUCGGGGACAAGUCUUUAAGUUUCAGCUCCAUGAGAUGAGAGAUGAGUGUGAGCAGAGUCACAGUACAGUUGAUCAGUUGAUGGUUGAUAAGGCUGUCAAGUGCGCAGAGAAAGGGUUUAAAGUUUUCCAACAGGUUGUGGAGAUGAGUAAAAACGAACGCUCUGUACCUCCAAACAUGGCAGGCUACUUUGGUCAAAUGGAUGUCAUUACGGCUCUCUUAAAAAUCAUGAAACAUUCUGCUGUCUUCCGGUCUGAGGCAACGUUUCAAAAUUUUUUUAAUGAUGACAGUUUCGUUCCUGAAGAGCUGGUUUCUGACAAAACAUGCAUCCCCUGGCUUAAAUCUCUGCAACGUUGUUUUACAGACUGCCUGAGAAGUGUUGAAGAUGCAGGAGCUCUGUACUCGGAAUACCUGCUCAGCAAUUCCCUGAGUAAAAUCUUUCUGAGCGAGAGUCAUCUUGGUCGUUACAGAACGAUUCUGAGUAACCUCUUCAGUGAAAAUGAGCAUUUUGAUAGCGACCCCAUGGGCAUGAAUCCAGAAAGACGACGCACAGCUGUUCGUACGCUUGGGGGUCAUUCUUUGUAUAGCGUCACGCAACUGUACUCUGAAAGACAAAACGAAGAAAAUGUCCAGAAAAUUCUGACUCUUGCGUCAACAAAUCUGCAAGAAAGUACGACCAAUGCGUUUGAUCUUAACAUGGCUUUGGCCUCUUACCUGUGCCUCUGUAGUCACGAAGGUACUGUGCUCCCUACCGACAUUCCCUUUACUGAUUUGUUAAAGUGGUCUAAGGAACUGAUAUCUAAAAGGCAACAUCAGCAGCAUCAGCGAUAUAUUGACCUUGAUCCCUUCCUCUAUCUCCUUCUCUUUCAUUGGCCCACAGAGAACCGUCAGAAUUUACAACAUCAAGCUGAAAUUGAUAUGUUGAGUAAGACAGCACAGCAGGCCAAAGAAUUCUUCCAGAAAAAGUAUGCUAAAUUAGAAGGUCAAAAGAAGAAUACACCUCUAUAUUUCCUCACUAAGCACCCAGCAGAAAGAAGCAUCGUCUGCAAAGAACAAUUGUACCAGUGGGCAGGGAAUCAAAGAAGGUUUAACCUCGCAAAACUUGUGAAGUCACCGAAGGCUGUUGACAAUCUGAAAAGAUUUUCAGGACGGCUUGAUAGAAAUGGGAUGAGCAUAACAGUCACAAUCACAACCUCGGAAGGGAACAAAGCAGACCUUAAUGUUGCUCUCUUUAAAAAGGAGACGAGACAAAGUUUAGUCAGAAAAAGAGUAUUUUUCGUACUUGGCUUUGGACUUGGAGGACCAGUUGCCUGUGACAUCGACUUAGAAUUGCCCAGACCUCUCCCUUUCCACCAAAGAACUGCCGUCUUGCCAAAAACCUCUCGGUCAUUUUUACCCGAUCAGCUAUUGCAGGUUGAUCAGGAAAUAGAAGAAGUUGUCAGACAGCUUAAUUCUACGGAAUCGUUCCAAAAGGAGACAAAAGACCAAAGCCAAAGAGAAGCUUUGGAAAGUCGACUUAAGUGUCUGCACGAGCGACGCCAUUCGAUGGUAGUCAACAAUCCCGCCUGGUGAUGCAAUACCACCAUUGUCUGGACUCUGGAGCCGGUCUUCUUCAAGCUUUUGGAAUCCGCAACGAAACGGCUGUCGCUUUUUUCUUGAAAAUACCAGACUGCUAAACUUCACGGACACGAUUCCUGCACGUGAUUCUCGGACAAUUCAAUCAGUUAAAGAUUUCUAGGCGUCUUGGAAUUAGGGAUUCAUAUAGACAGAUGCUGUUUCGUCAUGAAAAAAAAGUUUGCUCUUGUUUUUCACCUCUGACAUCAAUGAAGCCUGCAAUGAGUGGCGAACUAUGUCAACCCGAUGCAGACCGUGUACAUCCUCCCAGACUCUUGCUAGGGAAACUAAAAGAAUGCUAGCAGCAAAUCUGUUAACGUUUUAUUGGAGACUAUUACUGCAUUUAUGAAACCUGUUACGUUUACACGAUUUGACAAAAAUAUUAUAAACUCAUUUAUUCUGUAUGAUUAGGAUAAUAUUUGUUUCCACUGAGUUUUUUAGGUAACUGAAAAAUUCAUUUUAUGAAACUGCUUCUUAAAAAAACUUUAGUAAUCACAUAUGUUAUUUGUAUGUUAUCUAAAUAUAUUGGAGCCGCAAGUUAAUUCUUAUAUUUUUAAAAUAGCUGUUGCACAGAAUCUAUUCCGACAACCUCCAUGACCUGCUGGUCUGGACGUUUGUCAGGAGUACGAUUAUCUUGGAGAGAACAAUAAAUGUAGUUAAGUGGUCGGAGCAACUGAGUGUCGUAGGCAUAGACGAAUAAUUGAGAAAACCAGGAAGAUUAUCAUGGUUAGAGUUAUAUAUUUGUUGUAUAUUACGAGCUUGCGCCUUCUAUACAGUGUCUCUGUACUCUAGAACAGAUCACAAAACGCUUUUGUAACGAGGUCUGUUACAUUUCUGAACAGGCGUUGAAGGUGCUACAACUCAAGUCGGUAUAUGUUAAAGUACCUGACAGCAAAAAUGUCACCUGUUUAAAGGAUCGUUCGUACAUUGAGUUGCUUUGUAUACUGUGCUUGGCUCUUUUUUUAAAACCUUAUACUGUAAAGAGUUAUGUUAAACACUACACUGAAAUUUCCUUCUAUAGACAUAAAUUGUUUGCAUUAUGAAAUUGUACCUUUAACGCUUCCAGCAAAUAGGUUAAUAUCAUCAAAUUAUGUAUAUGCUAAAUGUUAACCUGAUAUUUUUAGCUUUUUAUUUCGUUUCAGUGGGUUUGAGGACAUGUUGCUUUACGUUUGGUAUUUGAAGGAAUUCUGCAUGUUUUUAUGUUGGUUCUAGCGAUUCAGUUGGUUAUAGCGAUUCUGCAUGCUUACAGUUUUUCAUGUUUUAUAACAAUAUAUAUAAAUAUUACUGCUUUAUUGUAUUGUUUGCACUCAUUAAUUUACUCAUUUUCUUCUCAAUCCCAACUGAUUAACUGAAAAAAGCAAAUGUUCUUAAUUUCCAGACAAUACUAACCCAGGCAAAAGUUAAUUAAACCUAAAGUCUUCUGAGAAAAUAACAAUAGAAAGUGGUACUAACUAAACUUUGUCUAAUACCUAAUUUUUAGGGGAGGUUUAGGAUUAAUCCUUUACGGUUAAGCUAUCGACUGUGCAAGGACAUCACAGCUCCCACUUCGCUGUUUUUGUAAUGAUCUCGACCAACUACAGUAGGUACUAUAGCUCAUUUCUACUUCUACUACUAUAUAUAUAUAAGCACAUUUAUAUUAUGUAGUGCCUUUUUUCCAGCAUCAGCCGGACUCAAAGCGCUUUACGUGCAUAUAGGUGCGCGAGUACACCUUUGUAGAUUAGGCAUCAAAUGAACCUACAGAAACAUGUAGACACAAAGCACAGCAAAAUAUAAAUAAAGUUGAUUAAGAGAGUGCUUUACUCCCCAUCAAAGCCAGGCUAAAAGCGCCUCACAAAAAACAAAACACAGACAGCAAUAAUCACGGGCACUAGUCUCAAAACAAAGAGACCAUUGCAUACUCCUGUAGUCACUCAUGCGGAUGCCAUCUGCACAGCCGAUGCGGUCGGCAGUAAGUCCACUUCUGCUUGGAAUCUUCGAGGAAAAAGUUUUGCUUCGAAAUGUAGUUGAACAGUUUUAAGACAUUUUCAUGGAAGAUCGAAUCACAGUUCUCGGUGCUUCGGCCCAGGCUUUGCAAGCGGAAACAUCGUCCCAUACACAACCAUUGUUAGUACUGCUUAUCCUUAGGGUAGCACAUCAGCAGACGUUGACACUUACUGUAAUGCACUCGUGAGUACCGGAGGUUCACUGCAUGUUUUUCAUGUGAAGAUCAUGGUAAAUAAACGCGUUUCACUAACAGGUAAAAAAA